AUGAGCCAUAGACAGACUAUGGAACUGGCUCAGCAAUCACAAAUGCAAAUGGAAUCAUUGGAAUACCGGCUUCCACCACUAUUCGAGCGCCACCAUUCGACAGUUCGGUACAUCCGAGCAGGCUAUUACUUGGAUGCCAUCCAUUCUAUCAUGGAAGGGUUCUCGCUGAACCAAGCAUCGCUUGAGAUGCAACGCGAUACGGCCACAGCAAAGCUGAUUGAAGUAGAUAGUCCUCGAUCAGACGAAAACAUCAAUUUCGUGAUCGAUCGCAAUCCCAUGGAUUUGGACACCUCUGAUGGCCAGAGUCCAGACGAGCAUUUGUUUGUUGCAAUGCUCUACAAUCUAGCUCUGUCCUAUCACAUGCUUGCACUAUCUGCUAUUGAAGAAGGAGGUAUUGACGACGGAAAGCAGCACUGCGAGCACAACAUACAAGGCAAAGAGCAAAUUGUUGGAAUCCUUGGAGAUUCACUCCAUCUAUACGAAGAGGCUUCCAUUCGACUACACAACCUUGACCCAAAGUUGAAAUCCUCGCUGUACAGUAUCCCAUCACUCCAUAGCAACAUGCGACAUGUGAAGCUGCUUCGUCUGCAGUCCAGAUCAUGA